AUGGUUUUGCCUUCUCUGAUGAUUUCCUCAAGAAACUAAAGCACUUUAAAUAGGUUGCUUCCAAGUGAAUUUGAUCAUCAAACACUACAACUUUGUCCACCCAAUAUCCAAGGUUUCUACAUAUCUUACUCUCUUCCAUUCUCUAUUUCCUAAGUUAGUACCAUGAUCAGUUCCAAGAAACUCAUCAAGUUGGCUAAAAGAUGGCAGAAAUUUGCUGCCAUCCGAAGAAAAAGGAUUUCAUUUUCAAGACAAAAUGAUGAUGCGGAUAGCUGCAGUACUUCUGCAGUUACCAAGGGUCAUUUUGCUAUCUACACAGCUGAUCAAAAGCGGUUUGUUGUCCCUCUGUCGUAUCUCGAGAAUGAUAUUAUCAGGCAACUCUUAAACAUGUCGGAAGAAGAAUUUGGGAUUCCAAGUGAUGGGCCUAUUACACUACCAUGUGAUGCAGCCUUCUUGGACUACAUCAUCUCGCUUCUUAGCCGAGGAUUAUCCAAAGAACUCGAGAAUGCAUUGCUCAUAUCAGUUACUUCAUAUCGGUGUUCAUUAGGUUCAUUGCACCAAGAAGGGUUGAGAAAUCAAGAAUUGCUAGUUUGUUGAUAUUUUGUGAAUAAUUUUGUAGACAAGGAACUAGCUGUAGCUCAAUACAUAAUGUGAAAUGUACGGAAACCCAAUACUUGAUAUCUAAUACAUUCAGUAAUCUUCUAUGAAAAUCAAAUUAUGUUCA